AUGGGACGAGUGGCAGCAGUUGGGGCCCUACUGGUGCCACUGGUGGUGCUGGGAGCUUCCUCGGCUGCGGGCGCGGAGCUCUCGGCGCUGUUCCAGGAGAUGGUUAAGUCCGAGUGUCACUUCAUUAACGGCACCGACCGGGUGAGGUUCAUGAAGAGGUUCAUCUACAAUCGGGAACAGUACGUGCACUUCGACAGCGAUGUGGGCCACUUUGUGGGGGACACCCCAUACGGGGAGAAGGUUGCCAGGUACUGGAACAGAGAUCCGGAAUGGAUGGAGUACAGACGGGCUGCGGUGGACAGGCACUGCCGGCACAACUACGAGUUGUCCAGCCCGUUCCUUGUGGAGCGCAGAGUGCCCCCCAGUGUGUCCAUCUCGCUGGUGCCCUCGAGCUCCCAGCCUGGCCCCGGCCGCCUGCUCUGCUCUGUGACGGAUUUCUACCCUGCCCACAUCCAGGUGAGGUGGUUCCAGGGCCAGCAGGAGCUCUCAGGGCACAUGGUGGCCACUGACCUGGUCCCCAAUGGGGACUUGACCUACCAGCUCCUGGUGCUGCUGGAAACACCUCUGCGGCGCGGGGUCAGCUACACCUGCCAGGUGGAGCAUGUCAGCAUGGAGCAUCCUGUGAGCCGGCAAUGGGAGAUGCCACCGGACGCUGCCCGUAGCAAGGUGCUGAUGGGGAUCGGGGGCUCCGUGUUGGGCUUCAUCUUCUUGGUGCUGGGGCUCGGCUUCUACCUGCACAAGAAGGUGAGGAGGGGUCCUGGGCCUAGUGUUCCCCUUCCCUCAAAGCGUGCCUCCAGGGAACCAGGAGCAGGUGAAGACAACCAGCCAGGUGUCUUCCCAACGUGGAUCAUGUGGAACAUGGGUCACUAG